AUGUUCAUUCCACCAGCAUCCGACCCCCUUCUUCAUUUCCUCGCGUCUUCCCUGCUUAACCAUGGAAAGCGUGCAAGGGCCGAGCGCAUCGUCUCCCGUACCCUCCUUUAUAUUCAUGCUCUUACCCGCGCGCCGCCGUUACCUAUCCUCCGCCAUGCUCUCAUCACCGCUUCCCCUGCUGUCAAGUGCAUUUCACAGAAGCGCUCAGGAAAGAACGUCGUGAGACCUGCCGCGCUUACAGAAAAACAGCGCAUAAGGGCAGGUGUUCAUGCUGUACUAGCCGCCAGCAAAAACAAGAGUGGGAAGACGGUGGAGGAGCGUUUAGCACGAGAGAUUAUUGCUGUUGUUAAUGGAGACAGCAAAGCUAUUACUGACAAAGAGUUGAUGCACAAACAAGCUAUGGUCAAUAGGGGCAAUGCGCUCGUGAAGUGA